AAGCAUCCGGCAACUCUCGACUCGAAAGUGAGUUGACUGUGCUGCGACGGGUUUCAGUUCACCUAAACGCCGAUCAUCUUUAUUUCGCCACAGAAAAGUUGGACAAAAAUCGCUGAAAAUGGAGUGUCUUCUCGGCCUGGCCUGCAAAGACUUUGCGAUUAUUGCGGCUGAUCAGACCAAUGCCCACAGUAUUAUUGUCAUGAAUAAUGAGGAGAACAAGCUUUUCAAAAUCUCCAACCACAUGGCUAUGGGCAUCACUGGAGAGUCAGGUGAUACUACCCAAUUUGCGGAAUUCAUCGCCAAAAAUAUUCAGCUGUAUAAGAUGCGUCAUGGAUACGAGUUGUCCCCAUCGGCAGCUGCUAAUUUCACAAGGAAGACUUUAGCUCAGCAUUUGCGCAGCAGCACUCCUUACCAGGUCAACAUGUUGCUGGGUGGCUACGAUACCAAUGCCGAUGAAUCUGCUCUGUAUUUCAUCGACUACUUGGGUUCCUUCCAGAAAGUCCCCUUCGCCACUCAUGGCUACGGUGGAUUUUUCUGUAUGGGAAUCAUGGACCGCUUCCAUCGCAAUGAUAUGAAUGUUGAGGAGGCCUAUGAUGUUCUUAGAAAGUGUGUGGCUGAGAUUCACAAGAGGUUAAUUGUCAAUUUGCCCAACUUCAAAGUUCAAAUUGUUGACAAGAAUGGAAUUCGUGAUCUAGAGCCUCUGACAGCCAAGAAUCUGAAACCUGCCGUGUAAAAUAAUACACAUAUUUGUUUAAGCUUGCUCUUUGAAAUAAACUAAGUUUUAUAAAUGCCUAAGACUAAUGGGGAAUAAAUAAUUCAUUUAAAAAUA